AGAUUAUGCAGUGGUUACUGUGUCUCACUACCAAAGUCCUUUGUGAGGCAAGGCUCUCGGGCACUCACCACAGGAAGCAGUACUCAAGCCGAGAACAGCAGAAGAGGAUGGAGGAGAUGGGAGUUGUGACCUCAGAUCGCCAAGGAGGGCAGCUGGAGUAUGAGCUUGUUUCCACUUUUUUGGCAAGAGUCCACUACAUGGACAUCAUUCAAGCCAUCAAGUGGAACAGAGCAUUUUAGAAAUGGGUGGGAAAGUUGUGAGGCAAAUGUAGUCUCGUAUUGCUAGAAGGAAAAAUAUUG